AUGCCGGCCGAAAGGCGUUCUUUGCGAUCAAACAAUAAAUCCGACACCUCUUCAUCCGCUAACGGUGAAAAGGCAAACUCGAACUCUCAGAGCCCGGGUGCGAAAGACAAGGCGCCCACUACUCGCGCCGCCGCCAACAAGGCCAAGUCAGCUCCGGCCAAGAAAGACGCAAAAGGCGCAUCAAACGGCAACAUGGGAGACGAUGAUAAGUCGCAUACGAACGGAUCGAAGUCAACCGAGAACGGUGUGAAUGGAUCCGAAGAUGUUGAGAUGGGAGAUACGGCAGUGCCCCCAACCAAGGGUUCCAAAUCGUCUGGCAAGGAUAAGGAGGACGAUGUGACGAUGGAAGGUGCGGAGGAUGUCGAGACCACCGAGCCAGAGGUCGACCCGACAACUAAGGCGAUUCAAGACAUCAAAUCCAACUUUACCCUUCUCGAGCGAGCCGUUGCCCAUUUCGACCCCAGAUUUACCCUCCGUGUUCUGCGAUCGAUAUCGUCGAUGCGGAAACACCUCACCCCGGAGGUCCUCGCCGAAGUCAUUGUGGAAACCUAUUCCGCUUCUAGCUCUACCGCCUCGUUCCUUUUGGAAGCUCUUGGCCAAACCAAUGCUUUCGAAAAUGCUCCAGCUAGUUCGGAUAUGGAAGUUGACUCGGAUAAGAAUCCCAUCGCUCAGGAGACCCUUGCCGAGGUGGAUGCAUAUCUUGCUAUUCUCGUCCAGAUAUACCUGUUCGACCAACGAGAGAUUCAGAAGGGAGUCCAGUUCUCGACAAACUUGAUCGAGCGCCUGCGAGCAUUGAACCGUCGUACGCUGGAUUCUCUCACCGCCCGCGCGUACUUUUACUACUCUCUCUUCUUCGAGCAAAUCGCUCCGCUUCCUCCUUCUCCUGCAGCGGCUGUUACCACUAUCCGCCAGCCAUUGUUGGCGGCGCUUCGCACGGCUGUGCUUCGGAAAGAUGUCGAUACACAGGCUACUGUGAUGACCUUGCUGCUUCGCAACUACCUGUCCACGUCUCAUAUCUCACAGGCAGAUCUACUGAUCUCGCACAACCCAUUCCCCGUGGCUGCUUCUAACAAUCAGAUUGCUCGGUAUCUGUUCUACCUCGGCCGCAUCCGUGCUAUUCAGCUGCAAUACACAGAGGCCCAUAGUCAUCUGAUUGGGGCUACGCGUAAGUCGCCUGCUAGCCCGGUGGCUCGUGGGUUCUACCAGGCCUCUAACAAGUUGUUGGUCGUUGUCGAGCUAUUGAUGGGUGAUAUUCCUGACCGUGCAGUCUUCCGCCAACCGGCUCUGGAACGGGCCAUGCACCCUUAUCUGUUGCUUUCUCAGGCAGUCAGUGUUGCUGAUCUGGAUGGGUUCCUCAACAUUGUCAACACCUACAGUGAGACUUUCCGGAAAGAUGGCACAUACACCUUGAUCUUGCGUCUUCGGCAGAAUGUCAUCAAGACCGGUAUUCGCAUGAUGUCACUGUCUUACUCUCGUAUCUCGCUGCGGGAUAUUUGCCUUCGCCUUGGACUCGACAGCGAAGAAUCUGCCGAGUACAUUGUGGCCAAGGCUAUUCGAGACGGUGUUAUCGAGGCUACGCUUGAUCACGAGCACGGAUUCAUGAAGAGUAAGGAAGUGGGUGACAUCUAUGCCACCAGAGAGCCUGGCGAGGCGUUCCACGAGCGUAUCCGCGCCUGUCUGGCCCUCCACGAUGAGAGUGUUAAGGCUAUGCGUUUCCCCAUGAACCAGCACCGCCUGGAGCUCAAGAGUGCCCAAGAAGCUCGGGAACGGGAGCGCGAGCUUGCCAAAGAGAUCCAGGAGGGAGACAUGGACGAUGAAGAUGCCGGUGGUGAUUUCGAUGCCAUUUAA